AGGGGGAUGGGAUGUCCAUGGCUCACAGACACCCCCAUCCGCCUCCCGAGCUCCAAUCCCGACCCAGAUGGGACCGUGCGUGGACUGUGGCGGAGCGAGGGCGGGGCUCCGUGGCCGCGUUUGACAGCUGCAAAAAUAGAGAAUGUAUCGCGCAUAGAUGUUGGGAAGCAUGCUGCUCCCAACACACUCUUGGAGAAUGGAGAAAGCUCCAAUAUCCGCGUAAAAACUCUUUUUGUAUGCUUAUUUAUUCUUACUGUUCUCUAGAAGCAAUUCGGACUAUGCACCGCGCCUUCUCCUUCCCGGUGACGGCGGAGCGCAGCCGGACCAAGGAGCGCCUGGAGGCAAGUCUGGCCGGCUUGUGCGAGCUGGAGCUCCGCAAGCAGCGUCAGGAGGGGCUAGUGCUCGGAGCGCUUGCGCUCGGCGACCCCCGGCCCCCGCAGGAGCCCCCCACUUCAGGGGACGUGUCCUGGUUCAGCUGCUGGGGCCAAGAUAACCUGACACUGAGGCGCCAGCUGAGUGCUCUUCAGAGUUCGCCAUGGGGUCUCAUGCAAGCGCUGGAGCAGCAGGUGGGAGAGCUGAACAUCGACACUGACCACCAUGAUGCCGCUCAAGGAGAUACAGGUUUUUUUGAGUCAACUGAAGGUCAGUCGCCUAAAGGGAGAACUUGUUCUGCAGAGCCAGCAGAAUCGGUCUCUUCCUGGCCUUACAACAACGAAAGGCCCAAGUCUGUGGACCCACUCUUGUUGAAUGGGGAAUCAGACAUGACAGUCCCUCCAAGUGGCCUGCCUCGCUCAUUCUCUGCCCCCCACCCACCUCUGGAGGGCAUCGCCGAGGAAGGGACACCAGUGGACUCGUGGAUGCUGGAGCAGAGCCGAGACGAGCAAUCCUGGCAGCAGCCUCCGGGGGAUCAGGUGACAGAUGAACACUACCAGCAAGCCAUGAGGGUGGAGGGUUACAUACUUCAUCUCGUCCAGCGUCACACCCUUUCGCCACGGCCGUGUCAGCCUCGCACUACUCUAAGUCCGGAUCCGCCAUACAACUUCACCCCCGCACAUGCCUCCCUUCACAGGAAAAGCCCCUCUCUUUCCACAGAGCAAGGACAUCCAGGUCCUCAAGUUGACCUUUCGUCUAACCCAAAGAGCCUGAGUCGGGGUUGUGACCCUCCGGAGGGUGAGUCCUAUGGAGGAGAGGUCCCAUCUUUGGAUGAGGAGCGUUAUUUGAUGCUGCCCUACCCCCAGUGUAAGCCACACACCCCGGCUGGGCGGCAACCAUCACCUCUGCCCUCCUUGGACCCCAACUGCAGUGCCGGGGCGCUUAACCUUUGUUGUGAACCCUCAACCCCCCUGCAUUGUCCACAGCCCCCAAUCAAUCACAAGCACAAUCUAGUAAGUGCUCAAUACAUCCCAGGGCAGGCCUGCCAUGCCCCCUUGCGCUCCCCGAGACACUUCAACCCAACGCAGUCUAAAGCCCGCCAGGCCUCUCCUGACCACCCCAACGCCAAGUCCAGAAACUCAAGGAAGGGCCACAAUGAAAAACAGAGGUCUAAAAAGUCAAGCGGUAAAACCGGUCGAUCCCAAUCAGAGAACAGCCUCCUUGGCCAGCGGGUACUGCCUGAACGCAGAUACAGCACCACCGAGAGGCAUCAAGGUAGGGGGGAUCAAGCUCAAGGUCAAGUUGCUAAGAUUCACGUCGGGAACAACGGCGACAAAGCAAACCGACGUUGGUGUUCCAACCUGGAGCUCAGUCAAGACGAAGGGGAAAACCACGUGGAGCAAGGACAUAGGAGGCCACCUCGAAAAGCUCGCCAUAGUCACAGUGGUCACCAUCAGCAGCAGCAGCAGCAUCAUCCUCCGCCGCAGCAGCAUGCCCAACGCUGGCACUCAGACUUCCAGCAGCGAGCACCACUUUGCCAAGGGGAGGACGCCUAUGUGGGAGCUGCCCCAGCCGAGUCCUCAUCCAGCAUGAGCGAGGUGUACUCACCCGCCUCCAGCUCGCUCUCCAGCGACUCGGACGAAAGCGGGGGGUUAGUGUGGCCCCAGCAGCUUCCACCUCGUCUCGCUGUCACAUCCUCUUCGUCCUCACCCUCAGCGCAGGCCGCCGCCGCCGCCAACCCGCCUGCCCAGCCAAAGGCCUUUGUGAAAAUUAAAGCUUCCCACGCGCUCAAGAAGAAGAUCCUCAGAUUCCGCUCAGGAUCCCUCAAAGUCAUGACCACCGUGUGAAUUGGUUUCAAAACCAAAGCAUGACUGUCGGUUGCAGCUUUUCUCGGCUUUGCGCUGUACUCUAAUUAAAGGCUGGCAUGUCAUGGUUGAUUCCGACAAGCACCCACAUCAAAACUAACUUCCCCUAAAUGACGUUAAUUGAUGUGAUGCCACAUUACGAAUGUUGACAAGGCUUGCUUUGUUGCUAUGGAGCUGAUGUCCAAAGGAAUUAUUGCGAAUGACUCAUGCUUCAUGCCUGUGAAACUAAUAUUGUGAUAACAAUUAAAAUGCUGUGCAAAGGUAUUAGGCCACCACUGGGUUUGUCAUUUUAGCGUUUUAGCAGGACUACCAAAAACAAAUAUUUCCACAAAUGUUUGUGGAUAGGUACUGCAUGCACACGCCAUAAAACUUAAAUGAGGAGUUAGAUUAAAGUGCUGAGACAGGAAUUUAUGUUCAAUGUUUGCAUCAGAGGAUAGAGGCUGUCUGAUCCCUUCGAUGAACCAGGGAGUCACUUGUUGCCUAAUCAACAGAUAAGCACAAAUAUGCUCAAAGGUAAAAGUCUGUGCUUGGCUUGGUGAUGUUCUAAUUAUAUACUGUAUGGUCAAUAAAAAUUGAUGGAACAAAAAAAGUAAAGGAUGGCCCGAUGCCUUUGCACAGUAGUCUACAAAAUGUCUUCAAGUAUUGGCAAAUUUCGCCUCUCUAAGUCAUACGUAUCAUAAAUCUUGACAACGACUUUGCUAAAAGCCUGAAAAUGUACUUUGUGGUUUGAUUGAAAACUCACGACAGGAGAUUUAUAAUUUUGUAAACCAGCACUCAAAUGAAAUAAUACCGAUUAUUUUUUGUGUUUGCAUUAUCUUCACUCACAAAUUAUGGUCAGGGCAAGAAAGUCUACGCAGUCUGUCUUUGGUGGGAAGGAUUCUCAUCGGAAUUUAGUAGAUCAGACUAAAUCAUUAUCAUCAUCAUCAUCAUCUCGGAGGAACAGUAUCUUAGUGGUGAACACACCCACCUCACAAUCAUAAAGUUCAAAUCCAGCUCUAGUAUGUCUCCCUGUGCUUUCAUGGGUUUUCUCCAAGCACUCAAGCUUCCUCCAACAUUGCAAAACAUGCUAAAUUAUGUGAAGACGCGGUAUUGUUCUGAGUUGUCCUUAGAUGUAAAUGUGAGUGUGAACAGUCAUUUGUCUUUAUGUGCCCAGUGAUUGGCUGGUAAUCAGUCCAGGGUGUAUCCUGCCUCUUUGGCCAAAGUCAACUAACUCACAACCCUAGUAUGAUUAAGUGACAUAGAAAAUGGAUGGAUAAAUAAUAUGACAUGUCAAUAGAUGCUUGUAGAUUAGGCCAAAAUGUAAAUGCUCAAAUAAUCCCCACACACACACACACAAAUACUAGUAUAUAUUGCCUUUACAGCAAUUUAUAAUAGUUUCAUAUGUCACUUUUGAGUUAAGCACGUCUGAGACUCAUGUUACUAGAAAUUGAUGUUAUACUGUUUUAAGGUACUAUCGUACUUCAUGUCAGUUUUCUAACUAAAUUCUCAUUUGAAAAUGUACACUACAUCUAUGAUGACUUGUCAUUACAACAGAAGUCGUUUUGAAGGCACGACUGCAGUGAAACAGGGAAAAGCACACAAGGUAACACACUUGUAAAUAUGUAGUUAAGUUAUAUCCAUGAUGUGGCCUUGUUUGGAAUGAAUGUAGUUUUUAAUAAAAUAAAAAUGUUUUGGUCUUUGCUAUGUU